UUAAACAUGUCAGACAUUCAGGAAAGAUCUGUGGUUGAGGCCUUACAUCGAAUUAAAGUUAAAAAUGAGCAAUGGGCAUUUAAAUAUCACGACCUAAGUAAACAAUACAUAUCAUUACAAGAGCACUUAAGAGACAUAGCAGAGAGGUCGCAGUUUUUGAAAGACAUCAGACUGCCAAGAAAGGAAGAUAAAAGAGUGAUUCGCGUGCCAAAAACAUCAAACGCAUUAUGUGGAUGGUUAGUAACUCGCAAAGACUUCAAUAUAGACCUGUGCAGCGACUUAUUCGUUCCUCUGCCUUUGCCCACACAUUUUGUCCUACACACAGAAAUAUUUGCCCCACAGUAAAGAAUGUCUUUCACAUUACCAUCUGGAUCUAAUAUCUGUAAUAAACAUGUUAUAAAAUAAACGAUAAAUCUACAAACAAAUAAA